AUGCCAAAAUUUCCUGAAAACCUGUCCCGCAUCGCCAUCGCGAUUGAUUACGACGAGAACGGUUAUCGGUCUCUUCUGCACUCGGGGAUCAAUGACCCUUGUCUGUUGUACUCCAUACUGGCCGUCGCCUCUUCUCACUACAGCAAAUGGCAGAAGAUCCAGGAUCGAGAAUCUCUGCGGUACUUGAAGAAGGCGCUCUCGUCUCUUCAAUCGCGAUUAAAGGACCCUGCCCUAGUGUAUCAAGAGAGCACUAUCGUUGCCAUGUUGUCUCUAAUGUCAUACGAGAUAUUCAACGGGGCGGCCGGCUGGGCGCCACACUACCAAGGUGUGCUGGGGUGGUUAGCUGCUCGGGGGAACUGUUCGGAUCUCAAUUCAUUCCUCAAGACUUGGAUCUCUAUGAUCGACACCCAAAAGGCGCUUAACCUUGGGGGCAGUACAACGGCCGAAGUACAAAGAUGGCUAGAGUCAGGCAACUCAUGGACAAGCAACUGCAAUACUAUUGAUCCCUUCUUUGGAUGCUCGGUGCGAUUACCAAGACUCAUGGCUGCUGCUGCUAAAUUGUUCGACAUUGCCCGCAUGCCGCCAGGGACCGGGCCAUUUACGUUCGAGGAGAUCAACAUCCGCGCCGAGGAACUUCAACGACAGGUCAGAGAUACAAAAAUUGAGUGUGUGUCGGAACCCUCACUCGCUAUGUCGUGCCACAGUGAGAGAAUCGACCUCUGUGCCAUUGAAGACUUAAACCACCGCGAGUAUUUCCGGAGGAUGAUAGCUGCUGCCGAAACGUUCAGACAUGCGGCGCACAUCUACAUCUACCGGAUUACGCACGAACCUGAGCAGGUGCCGUCCCCAGAAAUUCAAAAAUCGAUAGACCAAAUGUUCGAGCUACUCGCGACCGUGCCUGAUGCCCUCGGGCCAGGAUCGAAUUUGGGAUGGUGUCUCACAGUCUUGGGAGCAGAGCUAGAUUCACUGGAUCAGCGCGAGUACAUAACAUGCCGUCUCCAAGGCAUUCAGACUCUCGGCAUGAAUAACCCCGUUUCAGGCAAGAGAGUCCUUAAGAGAGUAUGGACGCAGCGAGACCUAUAUCGUCAAGGGUUCUGCAGAAUACAGAGAUGGCAAGACAUCAUGCGAGACAUGGGAGAAGGCCAGAUUCUUGUCUAA